GCGGCAAUUCGGCGGUUUCCGGUUCCGCCGCCCUCUUUCUUUUCAACGAGGCGGCGGAGCAGCCUCCCCAGCAGACAUAGAGAUGCAGAUCUUUGUGAAAACCCUGACGGGCAAGACCAUCACACUCGAGGUCGAGCCCAGUGACACUAUUGAAAAUGUCAAAGCCAAAAUCCAAGACAAGGAGGGCAUCCCACCUGACCAGCAGCGUCUGAUUUUUGCGGGCAAACAGCUGGAGGAUGGCCGCACUCUCUCAGACUAUAACAUCCAGAAAGAGUCCACUCUGCACUUGGUGCUUCGUCUGCGAGGUGGUAUCAUUGAGCCUUCCCUCCGCCAGCUUGCCCAGAAGUACAACUGUGACAAGAUGAUCUGCCGCAAGUGUUAUGCUCGCCUGCAUCCUCGUGCUGUCAACUGCCGCAAGAAGAAGUGUGGCCACACCAACAACCUACGCCCCAAGAAGAAGGUCAAAUAAGGGCCUUCCACCACCUCAGCUCACAGGGUGGCCUCCUGCCCAAACCCCUUGGCCCUGGAGCUUCAAUAAAGUUUCCCUUUCGUUGACUGGA